AUUUAACCCAUUCAGUAGGUUAUCGAUGCAUACCAUCAAUCCACAUUCAAGUACGAAGAAUUAAAAAUAAAAAUGAAAGUCUUUGUAAGUACAAGAAAAAAGACUCCCCAAUUUCCACAGCAAUAUCUGGAACAACCAAAUUGAACCCUUUAAAUCAUUUGUUCAUGAACUUCAUCUUUGCUAACUACACUAAAAACACCACACCACCACCAUUGAGUGCUGGUUCUAUUUUUGAAGAGAAGUGUUUCAGAUCGCUUUUGCUUGAGCCACCUCAUAGCAAAAUGGAGUCGCUACCAGUAGUUUGGUACUGUCAUGCUUGCGGAAAUGAAUUUCAACAACCUGGAAAUUGUACCAGAUGCAAUAGUGACUUUGUCGAAAUGAUCGAGCCAAGUACAGCUCCACAAGAUGAUCCUAGAGUCCAAAAUAUGAUUCCUAUACCAGAAUUGGCUGAUCCCGGUGCCAUGUUGCAGAACAUAUUUCGUGCCUUUGGCACCAAUGCGCAGGCAUCUGAAUCCCAACCAAAUACAGCUUCCGGAAAUGAAGCGGAUAAUCCGUCCUCUGAGUUUCACUCCGAAGAAUUUGCCGAUACAGGGUCGACAGCGAAUUCAUCCUUCCCUCGAAACGCGGCCCCUAAUGCUACCGGGACCCCAUUUGUUACACCUGGAAUUGUAAACGUAGGGCAAGUUCAUAACUUAUUUCAGACUCUACUAGGCCCCGGUGGUUUGAAUCGGCUGUCUAGAUCUCCUACCUCCAAUCAACCUUCCACCGCUAAUACCCAUGAGACAGCUCCUCACGGUGCCGAGUCUGCAGAAACCGACCCUGCUGAACAUCUUACUGGAGCCUAUGUAAAUACUCCACUGCAGGAGACGCUUCCCUCUUAUGCUUCUUCGAUCAACCAACAACCCCGGAAUGCAACUUCUGGUUCUGAUCAACAACCUUCAAUUAACGAACAGUCUCAGUCUACUGAUGAAGGUCAACCCAAUUUUCUUAGAUCUGACUCAGGAUUGCCAUUUACUGCUCAAAGUUUUGUCUUCUCCAUGGGACCUAAUGGAACUUUACAUCAAGUGAAUACUUCUGGUGAAGCUGCUCAAGAGACUCAAGCAGGUGCUAUACCUAUCGCUGACCUUGGCUCUAUUUUGGAAAGAAUUUUUGGCUCUUUAAACCAAAAUGAAGGUCAACAAGGUGAAGGUGAAACCCCAUUCAACCCAGCUAACAUUUUUGCAAACGUUUUUAAUUUGGCUGGAAAUCCAGGAGACUAUGCUUGGGGAGCAAGAGGGCUAGAUGAUAUUAUAUCACAGCUAAUGGAGCAAGCCCAAGGUCAUAACGCACCCCCUCCUGCUUCAGAAGAAAUCAUCUCGAAACUCAAAGUACAAUCCCCUCCGGUUGAUUUACUAGGAGAAGAAAAUGAAUGUACCAUCUGUAUGGAGAAUUUUAAAGAAACUGAUCAGGUUAUUCAGCUUCCGUGUAGCCACUUUUUUCAUGAAAAUUGCGUGAAGCCCUGGUUGCGUGUGAAUGGAACCUGUGCUAUCUGCCGUGCUCCUAUUGAUCCUUCCAUACAGGUAAAUAAAGAUAACAGUAACGAAGGCUCAAGUAAUGCUCAAGAAGUAGGAGAAGCAGUCAACCAUGAAAACGGUUUCCAACGUGGAGCUCAUGAAGCUACGGCUACUGAAGGAAACGUGCAUAAUGAAAGCAGUACUAGACCGAAUGCUGGUGCAUCUUCAUCAACGAGCAAUUAUGUGGAUGAGGAGCCUUUGGAAUAAAGUAACCGAAAAGUUGAUGAAUUGUUUAAUUUUUUUGUAAAGUUUUGUUGUCAUUACUGUUGGGUGAAUGAGUAACAGAAGUCUUGGUGACUGGUGUUUUAAAUGUUCGAAAAUAUGGUUAUCUGCGACUUUGCUGAUCCUUCUAAUGAGAUGUGGUUACAUAUUCCUUAAGAAGUCAUUUUAAAGCAAGUCAACCAUUUGCUAAUGGACAAUAUAAUUAUUUUGUCUUUACCAAACCGCUGAUACUGAAGAAAAGCGAAAAAUGCUGAACCAACUAAGUCAUGAUAUUUUAUUUAUGGAAAAAUAUCCGUAUAUUAGAGAGGUGGAGGGAAAAGAGAAACAAAAAAACGAAGUUUUCUUUGCGACUCGAUAUACACUAUGUAUUAAUGCAAUGAACUACAUGUGUUUGAAAUUAUAAUGAUUUAGGAUAAUGAAAGAUGAUUUGAGUUGAAAGUAUAAAAUGGAACUAAUACUACCUAAAAUGUACCCAUGAAUAUAUAUAUGUUCAAAUUGAGA